AUGGCCGUUAAUGCGAGGUUUUGGCGGGCCAAUGCGGUUGCUCCUAGGAUUAUCGAUGGCGUUGGGCUUGGCGAAACCCCCAGGCGGCGUCAUGGCGGACCAUGUACCCAGGAGCAGAGGCCAAUAAGAGAGAUGCAAUUAAGGCAGCAGCCUUGCCAUGUCCGGGCUGGCUUCGCCUAG